CCGAUCGGGCAAGACGGAUAGAAAGCGAGGAGGCUGGACUACUCACAGCAAUCACUGCCACUACUACUAGUAACUAGUAUCUACUCCCAGCAAUUGCAUCGCAUCGCACCUUCCUUAAUCUUCCCGCUGCUUUAAAUAUGCCUGCCUCGACCACGAGCCCAGCUGCACUGCACUGCACCGCACCUUCCUGCAAUCCUGCUCGUGAAUGCAACUGGCCCGGCCCAGUUGCACGCCCCGUUCGGUCUUCAUCCCUCACCACUUCCUCCCCCCACCGAGGUACUGGUACUCUGAGGUACUCCGCGCUGUCUCACUUACCCCCUCAUCUUGUUUUUCACCGGAAGGCAUUUGCAAAAUCCAGACAACCUCCAGGUUCCUGAUUACAGUGACUGGACUUCAGUGCCAGGGUGUCGCCAUUUCAUCGGCAUCAGUGUUACCAUCAUCAUGAGACUUCCGAUUAUUGGUUCGGCCUUUGGCCUUCUCUCCAUCACAAGCUUGGUCGCCGCACAGACAUACACAAACUGUGAUCCGCUCCAGAAAACAUGUCCCGCGGAUCCCGCUCUGGGGAAGACCAAGUCCUAUGAUUUCACCCAAGGCGCCUCCUCCGACUUUACGGCGACCGGCACCCCGACGUAUGGCAAAGAUGGCGCAGAGUUUACGGUGGCCAAGCAAGGCGAUGCCCCGUUGAUCCAGUCCAACUGGUACAUCAUGUUCGGGCAUGUCGAAUAUACGAUCAAGGCGGCCCCCGGAACGGGCAUCGUCAGCAGUGCGGUCUUGCAGUCGGAUGACCUGGACGAGAUUGACUGGGAGUGGCUGGGAGGAAACGACAAUUUGGUGCAAACCAACUACUUUGGAAAGGGUGACACCAGCGACUACAACCGCGGAGCUACCCACGACGAUCCCGGGAAUCAUGAUGGCUUCCACACCUACACAGUCGACUGGACGAGCAGCCAGAUCGUCUGGCAGAUCGAUGGCACGACGGUGCGCGUGCUCACCCCCAGCACUGCCGACACCAACCAGUACCCCCAGACUCCAAUGGUCGUCAAGGUGGGAAUCUGGGCCGGAGGUGAUCCCACCAACGCGGCGGGCACAAUUGCUUGGGCUGGUGGUGUGACUGAUUAUAGCGCCGGUCCCUACACGAUGUAUUUGAAAACUCUCAAGGUCACAGAUUACUCUACGGGCUCUUCGUAUGAAUAUGACAACGAGAGUGGAGACUGGACGUCCAUCAGCGCGAAGGGCGGCUCCGUGAAUGGAAACAUCGGCGCUGACACGAUGAGCUCGGUUGAAUCCGCCCCCUCUGUGACUGCAACGGUUAAUAUUCCGAUUCCGUGGAGCGGCACUCAUCGCGAGACAUCCACCUUCACGACUCCGGAUGUCUGGCCGUGGGUUGCCACCGGGUCGGCAACAUCGCUACCUGCUGGCUGGGCCUCUUCUGGCUCCAGAUCAGUGCAGCCGCCUAGCACGGCUUCAGUGAUCUUUUUUCCGGUCUACAUUGGCCUCCUCGUGGUCUCCGCUGGCUUCAUCCUCUCUUCCCGGCUCUAGAACCGGCUCUAGAACGCCCAGAUUGACUGCUUCUUCUUCUGCGACGAGGGUGACCGGCCAC